AUUAAUUAAUUCUCAAAAUGUAAAUACAGAGCUUCAAUUAUUUGCCUAUAUUUUCAGAAAUGGAAACAUCACAUAAAAGAGGGUUGAAACAUCCCAACAAAUACAUUUUUUACACCUCGUUAUGUGAGGUUUUAGUCUCUAUUAUAUAAUCUGCUUGAGAAAAAAUGUCCAAAACUGUCAGCAGGUAAAAGUAAAAUGCUUUGCACAGCAACCACUCCUGAUUCAUUAUGAAAACUGAUUGAAUAAGUGUGAGGAUUAACAAUCUAUUGGAAUUAAAGUGUAUUAAUACUUUUAGGUAAUAGUCUUUUCUCUUUAAAUAACCUCACAUCUCAUCUACAUUGGGCUUGAGCUUUCUGGAAACCCCAAUCUUUUACUGUAAAUAAACUCCUUGGACGGGCUGGACGAGGUCUAAGCUCCCCGAGACCUUCCUAGUGGGUACUGCCUCCAUGUGCUGCAACAGUAAUCAGCCUUACGAAUUCUGUUUGCCAUCACCGUUUUUAACAAAUAGAUUCAGGGACUCUCUACUUGGCUAAAUCAGGGUAAACAAAAAAUAUCCCUACAGCCAACCAGGAUGAAAGCACAUAUCCAAGGAGGGGGGGAUCAGGGGUGGCCAUUACCCCCCUGAAAAUCUGAUUGACCACCUCAAAACCUUAUACAGUGAUGUUUGUGUACAAUAAACUAUUUGGGCUGUGGGGACAACAAACUGCAACGCCACUUUAAUGACAGUAGAUAUAGUCUGACGAGCGACUCAGCUGGACUAUUGUUCUUGUCCUGUGUUACAUGAUCUGGACAACAAUCAAAUUAUUGACAGAAGGAUGUCCACCUCUUCUACAGAAGGUGGAAACAUACCCCCUUUUACUUCAUCACUAUUGAACCAUCCUCAAUUGACAUAUUACCCAUCAAAACAGUUGUCAAAAUGGAGCCGAGCAAGAGGCUAACGGCUAACAGCAUGUGCAGUGAGUAAUAAAAACAGCAUUUCUUUUGCAGCUCUGUACUGUUUGUCUGAACAAAAAGGGUUUUUUCAUCUCCUUUCAUCUCUUUUGCAUCUUAUCUACACCGGUUGAGGUUUGUUUUCUGAUAUAACAUUAUCCUUUUCAACUUCUGGCUAAAAGCCCUGCAUGGAAACGCUGGAGCAUGCUGAACAAACCCCUGUCACAUUUAGGACCCUCUUCUUUUUCUGCAGAUUACUCUGUCUUUGGUAACUCUUUAAGGGUUUUAAUCAAAUUUAUAUCAAGUCUUUGGGCCAUUAAAUACCUCAGUUUUCAUCCCUUAAGGCUUUUUUGGCACUAGUGCACCAUAUGCAGACAAAAAAACAUACAAACUACCCAUCACUUGCCUCUGCCACAUUAUUCAUGUCCUUCAGCUACCUUCAUGUCAGUCAGUAUGUCCAUGAAUUCAGCAAAGCCCUUAACAUUUAGUCUGCCUCCCCUUCAUCGUUUUAAUGGUACUUUAAAAUUUCAGCUGUAUAACUGGGUCGCAAGAGGUUGAGGUAAGUGGGAGUGUGAGGCAGCAGGUAAUAACCUGGAAAUUUCACUGUAAGCAAAUGAGAGUUAAUGAGUGUUUUCAAUUCAGAAAAUGUCAGGAGUUCAUGUGGAAAGAGGCCCAGUGAUAUUCAAAGUAGUUUAUCUAUUCUUUUGUGGAUUGCAAAAAAAUCUGAUCUUACUUUUGGGUUUUCAAAUAUAUUUUUGAGUAUUCUGUUUAACUUCAUUAAGAAUUGAUCUCUAUAAUCAGGGAAAAAGCUGCAGUUCAGGGUCAGAUCAUAAUGACGUCAAUACGGCUGAUGCACAGAUUGUAUUUGAACCCACAUAACAUCUGUAAACAGUCUGGGCCAGACUUAUGCAAAUCUGUUGACAUUUGGAUCUCUUCGCUUUUACUCCAUAUAUUCAUUUCUUUCCCCGGAUACAAAUCACAUUUUAUAGCAGGUGUAAAUUUGGUCAUAAAUCUUUGAUACUGCUGAAGAACCGCUGUCACAUUUAUUUUGAUGCUGUCAGCAAGAGGCAGUUUUUGGCAUCCAAUUAGCCCUGGGGAAAGGUAGAAAAUUGGGCACAGAAUUAGAUCGGACAGGUUGUAAAGUCAAGCUCAGCCCACAGUACUUCAGUGGAUCCUAAAACCAGCUCAUAUCAGCUGACAGCUCAGCAGAUUAGUUUCUAGACAUUCAGUCUGAAUAGGACCUGUAUUAAGCUUCUUUUUCCUGUUUUUUCUCUUCCUGUUCCUUCUACAAACUGCUUUGUGACCCAACUCCAAACAAGCUCCUCUUUUUCAUGCUGUGUCUGAAUUUACCAACAACUUUUGUACUAUAUCUGAUGCUGGCUCUGUUUUCAAACAUUCAGGGACCUAGAUCAGUAUUAGACUGUAAGUUUUCUUCCUUCUUUGAACAAUAAAUCACCUUUAACACUCAAGCAGACUGAAUAGAAUUGAAUAGAAUAGAAUAGAAUAGAAUAGAAUAGAAGAAGUUUAUUGUCUGACACAAAAAAGUGACAGAAAUUUAUCUUUCGACAGGCCUCAGUUGCAUCAGCAGACAUACAUUCUCCAUCACACUUGUACACACAUACAGAACAAGAACUUGAGUUAAAGUACACAAUGACCUGUGAUAAAAUCACAUGCAUAUGGCGCUUGGAAAAAAAUCACUACCAGGUUAUGGGAAAACCUUUGAUGUUGAGGGCUCUGAUUGUAGUUGGAAUGAAUGAUUUUUUAUAGACUGCUUUCCUGACCAGUGGGACUUUGUAUCUCCUGCCUGAUGCCUGAAGGACUGAUGGAGGGGAUUGGACAGGUCCUCUGUGAUCAGGGUGGCUUUUCUGAUCACAGAGCGUUCAUACAGAUGGAAUAGUGGAGUUUGGGCUGAACCGGUUAUCUUGCUGGCUUGAGUUGUGAUUCGUGAAAGUUUUGUUUUUUUGUUAAAUGAAGAAAUGAUGCAAGAAGUGCACCUAAACCCCAGUGGCCUUUUGUUGAAGGAUAGCAGUCGCUACAGCGUCCAUCUUCAGAGUCUGCUAUAAAUAUUUCCAUAUUAUUUGGGGCACAGAAACCAUAGGUGGAUCAUGCAGUACCUGAAGCAUUAGAUGUGUGUAGGACUAGUUUGAUCGUUUUUUUCAGUCCAGCAUUGUUGGAAUAUACAUUAAAAAGUUGUUUUCUUAAUAAGUGUAAGUUACUUUAGUCAGGACUGAAAAAUUCUUUAAAAUGAGUCAAAAGCUCAGCUGCCAAGUUUUGUAUAUAUUCUGGAUAAACGUUCGAGAGGCAAUACAAAUAUUUGUGUUAACUGGCAGCCUUUGGACUUCACUCUGAGUUAUGACCCUCUGUUGGUCUUUAUCUGGUUAGUGUGUGAUUGUCCAGUUUGUUUUAUAUUAAGUUGCAUCUAAAAACAUUAAAGACACAUAUUGACCCAUUGUGUAACUUGAAAUUUCUUCCUUUGGAAAAGGCAGAGAGGUUUGACAUGUUUUACUUUUCUAACCCCGGCUCUUUGCUUCAGAUUGUUGAUAAGGGCACAUUCUUCUCUACUGAAUCUGCUCCUCUGUCAGCUAUGAAUCAGAGCAUUAUAACUCCUCCCUCCUCUUCCUGUUUUGCUACACAGCCUGUCCCAUUCACAGACUGUUCCACAUGGUCAGAUAUUUCCUGCCUCUUUCCCGUUCUGCAGAUUUACAAGUGAACAGAAGAAUGAAAGACGUUGUCGACGUGAAGCCCGAUUCUCUGCAAAUCAGCAAGCCGAGAUGAGGAAAGGAAACUGUACUUAGGUGGGGAUCAGUUCUCAGUUUUAUCUCAAAUGAACAAGUGAAACUAUUUCAUUCUGAUCGUCUCGUUUCGAGGGGGGAAAUGGCGCAGCAACAAAACCUGAUGGAUCGAAGGAAACUUUGCUGUUCGAUUUGUUUGGACCUGCUGAAGGAUCCGGUGACCAUCCCCUGUGGACACAGCUACUGCAUGAAGUGUGUUAAAAGCCACUGGGAUACAGAGGAUCAGAAGAAAGCUUACAGUUGUCCUCAAUGUCGAAAAACCGUCACUCCAAGGCCUGUCCUGGUGAAAAACACCAUGUUGGCAGACUUGGUGGAGGAAAUGAAGAAAACUGGACCGUAUGCUGUUUCAAAUGAUCACUGUUACGCUGAACCUGAAGAUGUUGCCUGUGAUUUUUGCACUGGAAGGAAAUUCAAAGCCUUCAAGUCCUGUCUGCAGUGUCUGGUCUCUUACUGCGAGCAACACCUUCAGCCUCACUUUGAAUCCCCUGCCUUUGAGAAACACAAGCUGGUGGACCCCAGCAAGAAGCUCCAGGAGCACAUCUGCACACGUCACGGUGAAGUAAAAAAGAUUUUCUGCCGUACUGACCAUCUGUGUAUCUGUGUCCUCUGCUCCAUGGACGAACAUAAAGACCACAACACAGUUUUAGCCCUGACAGAGCGGACUGAGAGGCAGGGAGAGCUGGGAACAAAUCGACAAAGAAUCCAGCAGCGGAUCCUAAACAAGGAGAAAGAUGUGAAGGUGCUUAAGACGAGAAUUGAGGCGAUCAACUGCUCUGCUGAUAAAGCAGUGAAGUACAGUGAUAGGAUUUUCACUCAGCUGUUGCAUCUCAUCAAAAACAGGAGCUCUGAUGUGAAGCAGCGGAUCAGAGCUCGGCAGAAAACUGAAAUUAGUUUAGCCAAAGAGCUGAGGGAGAAACUGGAUGCAGAGAUCAUUGAGCUGCAGAGGAAAGACUCAGAGCUGGAGCAUCUCUCCCACACAGAGGACCACACCCAGUUUCUUCAAAAUUACCCCUCACUCUCAUGUCUCAGCAAAGCCGUAGACUCAUCCUGCAUCAACACCUGUCCUCUGCAGUACUUUGAAGGUGUGAUGGUUACCGUGUCGGAUGCCAGAGACAAGCUACAGGACGUCUUGAGUGACACAUGGACCAAGAUCUCACAAGCAGUGAAACCAGCGGACGCUUUAAUGCCACAAGCAGAGCCAAAAACCAGAGCGGAGUUCUUACAGUACUCAUGUGAAACCACGCUGGAUCCAAACACAGCAAACGCACGUCUGCUGGUGUCUGACGGGGACAGAAAAGCAACAGUAACCAGUGAGAAACAGGCGUACUCCGGUCAUCCGGACAGAUUUACUGACAUGUUUCAGGUCCUGAGCAGGGAGAGUCUGAGCGGACGUCACUACUGGGAGGUGGAGAGGGGCAGGUGUGAGGUUUCAAUAGCAGUCACACACAAGGACAUCAGCAGAACCGGGUAUGAAAGCGGAUUUGGAAACGAUGACAAGUCUUGGGCUUUGGAGUGUUUCAACAACAGCUACCAGUUCAGACACAACGGUACCAGCACCUUCAUCUCAGGAUCUCAAGCCUCCAAAAUAGGAGUCUAUCUGGAUCACAGUGCGGGUAUUCUGUGCUUCUACAACGUCUGUGAAAACAUGACCCUCCUCCACAGAGUCCAGACCACACUCACUCAGCCCCUCCAUCAGGGACUUGGUGUUUUUGCUACGUACUGUUCAGGAUCGGCCGCAGAGUUGUGCAAGCUGAAGAAGACAGUUUAAGGGAAUACAAACCAAAAACUCCUCAAAGUUUUGAGUCAUUUCUUCAUGACCUUUAACAUCCACAUUUCUGUCUUUGGGAUAUUUUCUUACUUUCUUUUGUUUGAAUCUAGACAACUUUUAUGAAAGAAAACUAAUAAUGCAGCAAACUUUGGGUCUUUAUGGUGUUUUUUUUUCAACACAUCCUUGAGAAAAAAAAUCACAUUUUUACAGGUAUUAUGAUGCUUUUUGCACUAGAUGGACUGAAGGAGAAUUUUGCAAUGUUUACUGUGGCUGUGUCACUUCCUUUGUAGAAACCAAAGUGAGUCAGACGGAUCUGAGUCAUGGGGCUGUUAUCUACAACUUGUUUGCUUUCUUUUUCUGUGCUGCUGAUUGAAUGUGACAUGAUAGUCUUUAAUUCUAUGAAAGCAAAUCAACACUUUCAUUUACACCAAGGAAGGAAAAUGCUCUUCAGUGAGAGUACAAACCGCUAAAAAGAAAGUUUCAAGUUACACAGAAGUAUUAAUUCGGCAUGCUUUACAGGUGCUGCAUGUUGCUUUUAUUUGUCUCUUUAUUUUGAAGGCAGCACAUUAUACAACAUAGAAAUAAUAAACUAUACCUUUGUGUGUAUUAUGGUGAAUAUGGUAUUUGGUUGAAAUGUUGAUGUGAAAAUGAAUACUCAAACAAAGUGGAAAUACCUGAAGAUUAAGAUUCAAUUCUUACUUAAGCUCUUAUCUCUGAGUUCAUGUCUGCCAAAAGAUUCAGUAAGGGCUCGUCAUAUUCCAGAGAGAGAGAGAGAAAAAAGUCACUUUACUCCAUCCAUGAAGGUUUGUUAUUCCUGUCUUCUUUUUAUUUAUUUCUUUUUUUGUUAUAAUGACAGAUUUUCUUUUCCUUAAUUUGAUCAUUUUCAGGUUUAAGGGCAGAUACAGAAACGCCCAGGUGCCUUAUUACAACAGAGACUGGUGCAACUUGUUUAUGAUUAAAAAGUGAUUAAACAAAUCAUCGCCAAACACUUGAAAACAUUUAGGAAUGAUACACGUCAUCUGAACAUUUGCACUUUGUGUUUAUUGAAGCAGCAGUUACGAUUUUGUGAAUUUGAUUUAAUAUAAAUAAUAUGUGUUACAUAACUGUGCAAUCUUGGUUACAUUUAUUGGCAAUAAACUGUAUACUGUCAAUGUCUCUAAUGGCCGUGACUUUUAUGAAGGAUAGUAAUUGAAGAAAAUAAACAAAAAACAAACAAGCAAAAACACAAUAAUGGUUAUUGGGAGCUUGUUUCUGGAAGUUUCCUUAUUUGACUUGUGGUUUGGCAACUUUUCUUCACACCAUAUACUUAUUUUGAGCUACUGUAUAUUCUGAUAUGAUUCUAUGUUAUAAUUGUAUGUAUAUGUAUGUUGCAUAAUGCAGUCUUGCUACAAAUCCCUUUAAAUGCUGGAUACAACUAAGGAUAUUUACGUAGUGAGCAUAACUAUUGGUGGAGUAAGGUGUGCCUACUUGGACCCAUGUCAUUUAAAGUGAUGUCAUUUAACAUCAGCCCCUAUCUCGUCUACAUAAAAACCAUAACCUAAAGAGGUGAUAUAGUUUUGUAUUGGUUACAUCUGUUUAUACCACCAUUUAAACCAGUACACUGAGGGUGCUGAAUCAGUCCUUGGACAUUUGUAUCUUUAUCUGUGAUUAUUUUACUAACAGAUAGUCAUCACAUAGGCUCUACCUUAUCACCUGUUCUUUUAUUAUAUUGCAUAUUCCUACAUGUGUUUUCUCUACAGUAAAAAGAGCCAGAUAUCCCAUCAUAAAGAACACUUUUAUUUAGCUCUAUGAGGUUAAACUGAGUGGUGUAACUUUUAUGAGACACUGUGAAACUGAUAUCUGGGGUUUUGUUAGGGUGAUUCCUGUUCACCUGCAGUUAGAGAGAACAUCUGCAUGCCUUGCGGUGACGGAAAGAAAGCCUGGAGAGCACAUGGAUAGAAUCUAUGCUGCAGGGACAACUGGGUAACACAUUUGACUUUUACUUUUAGGGAAAAAACAACAAAACUGAUCUUAAACCCCAACAAUGGAUAUGAUGUAGUUUAGAGUUCAUCUUACAUUUACAUGCAACACCCCCUUCAUUGUCAACACUUGACUCUGGACAUCAAUCUGUCAGAGUCUCUCAGAUCUCUCACUGAAUCAUCUCCGUCUAU